AUUCCGAUGAAUUUUUCAGAUCUAUUUUCAUCGUCUCCAGAUUUUCGAAAUGCUCUGCGACUCCACAAUUCGUCCUUUGGUUUCUUGAGGUUUUGAUCUUUUGAUUGCACGAUCGAGGUCGAACGGGAUCAACAAUGGGAUUCUUGGUGACGUCCCUUAUUUUCGCCGUGAUUGGAGUCAUCGCGUGUUUUUGCUCCUUAAUUUGCUGUAACAGAGGAGCUUCGACUAAUUUGUUUCACCUUACUUUGAUAACUACUGCAACAAUAUGCUGCUGGAUGAUGUGGGCAAUUGUAUAUCUUGCACAAAUGAAGCCACUUAUUGUUCCAAUUCUGAAUGACUCGGAGUGAAGAUAAUUUUGGGAACUUCUACUACUAGUUGUGUCUUAUGAAUCUAAAUCAUCACAGGGUUGCUGCUGAUAACCCUAAGAUAUGUUAUAUUUCCCAGGUUCCAUGAAUCUAUGUUGCAUUUCAGAUUGAAUCUGUGCAGUUCAUAAUUUGAAGAUGACCUUUAAUUGGGUUCUGUAUUUUGUGUUUCCCAAGUGCUGUUUUAAUUACUUUCCAUCAAAUUCUUGGGAAGAUCGACCAUUGCUCAUGGCUAUUUAAUACAGAACUCCAUUUAUGAAAUAAAGGCUGGGGAUUUUAUUUGAUUU